AUGAACGGCACCGCCGUCCCCCAGAACCUCAAGGACCUCCCCGAAGUCUACUGCCGCGCCUGGGCCUCGCGCGACCCCGCCCCGCUCCUCGCCCUCUUCACCGAGGACUCCGUCAUGACGGAUCACGGCGCCCAGAUCCACACGCCCUACGCCUUCCUUGACCUCCACCACAAGCACUGGAACGGCGCACACAAGGACUUUGAGGUCUACCUCGACACGCAGUACCCCGUCUACUGGGCCGAGAUGGACGCCGAUGGCAACGGGUACUGCAGCUUCCGCACCGUCAACAAGGGUGUCUUUGUCAACGACCUAGGCCGGCGCAAGGCGACGGGGCUGCCGUUCCAGUACUCUGGCGUCAUUGACUUAAAGCUGAAGGGCGGCAAGAUUGUGCAGGCGGAUGAGUGGUUAAGAGUUCCGUUCGAGGACAGCGUGUCGCCGGACAAGUACAUCACUAUUUCCGCGGAGAGUCUGAAGGGCGUGAUGAGGAAAGAGCUUCAUGAGGACAAUUAA